UUUCUUCUCCUGAGAGUCUCAAAUGCUUCAGAAACAGAAAUUAAAAAAAAAAAAUUGAAAAAUGGCUGCUGUAAAUUAUAUUUAUUUUAUUUUAGUUUUAACUGAAAUAAAAAAGCGCCCUUUUAUUAAUCCCUGCGAUCUCUGAUCUCCUCCCACCUUUCUCAAUAUAAAGGGUCGUUGAGCUUCCCACUUGCCUCUAUCCUCUCCUCUUCCCAUCUUCUAUAUUCUUCUCGGGCUUUCUCUGUUUUCCUUUGUUCGAGAUGGGAAGGAAUCUGUUUCUGGUUAACUUGUUCUUGCUUUCUCUGGCAUCCGCUGCAUCUGCUUCUCAUGAUUAUCAGAAAGCUCUCAGCAAGAGCAUUCUCUUCUUCGAGGCUCAGAGAUCCGGUUAUCUACCAAGCAACCAGAGGGUUAACUGGAGAGGAAAUUCCGGCCUCGUUGAUGGCAAGGCUAAUGGGGUAGAUCUUGUCGGGGGUUACUAUGAUGCAGGGGACAAUGUAAAGUUUGGGUUACCCAUGGCAUUCACCAUCACCAUGAUGUCUUGGGGAAUAGUGGAGUACGGGAAGCAAAUGGCUGAAAGUGGAGAGCUCGGGCAUGCCAUGGCAGCAGUGAAGUGGGGCACUGACUAUCUCAUUAAAGCUCACCCUGAACCUUAUGUUCUUUAUGGAGAGGUGGGCGACGGAAACAGCGACCACUACUGCUGGCAGCGACCGGAGGACAUGAUGACGAACCGGCAGGCCUAUCGAAUCGACACUGCCCACCCCGGCUCCGACCUCGCCGGUGAGACCGCCGCCGCAAUGGCCGCGGCCUCAAUCGUCUUCCGCCGGUCCGAUCCGGCUUACUCGAACCAGCUCCUCGACCACGCCAAGCAGCUCUUCGAUUUUGCCGAUAAGUACCGCGGGAAGUACGACUUCAGCAUCUCCGUUGUUCAGAAGUAUUACAGAUCUGUCAGCGGAUACGGGGAUGAGCUUCUGUGGGCUGCAGCUUGGUUGCACGAGGCGACUGAUGAGCCCUAUUAUUUGGACUAUUUGGGGAGGAAUGGUGGGCCAUUGGGUGGGACUGGGUGGGCCAUGACCGAAUUUGGUUGGGACGUGAAGUACGCCGGAGUGCAAGUUCUGGUUUCCAAGUUUCUUCUUCAAGGGAAGGCAGCACAUAAUUGGCAGGUUUUUGAGAAGUACAGGCAAAAUGCAGAUUUCUUCAUGUGCUCAUGCUUAGGGAAGGGCUCCAAUAAUGUUCAGAGAACCCCUGGUGGCCUUCUCUUCAGGCAGAGAUGGAACAAUUUGCAGUUUGUAACAAGUGCUUCUUUUCUGCUCACUAUCUUCUCCGAUUAUCUACAAUCUGCAGGGCAGAAUGUGAAGUGUUCUUCUGGAGUUGCCGUACCUUCUGAUCUUUUCAACUUUGCCAAGUCUCAGGUGGAUUACAUUCUCGGUGACAACCCAAGAGGUACCAGUUACAUGGUAGGAUAUGGUUCUACCUAUCCACAACAGGUUCACCAUCGUGCAUCUUCGAUCGUAUCUAUCAAAGUGGAUGACUCUUUUGUGAGCUGCAGAGGAGGAUAUGCAACUUGGUUUAGCCGAAAGGCUAGUGACCCCAAUCUCUUGGAUGGUGCCAUUGUUGGUGGCCCUGAUGCCUAUGAUAACUUUGCUGAUGAGAGGGAUAAUUAUGAGCAAACUGAGCCUGCAACCUAUAACAAUGCUCCUUUGGUUGGUCUUCUUGCUCGUCUUCAUGGCGGCAAUGGCGGGUUUAACCAACUUUUACCUGUUGUGAUUACUAAACCUAAUGUUCCUACAAGACCUAAACCAUUGCCAAUUCCUCAACCAAAGCCAGCACCUGUGCCAGUUACUGGUGCUUUCUCUCCAUUCACUGUAAAGCAAACUGCAACAACUUCCUGGAUAGCACACGGUCGAACCUACUAUAGAUACUCAGUUAUUGUUAACAACAAAUCAUCAAAGACUGCAAAAGAUCUGAAGAUCAUUGUUUCAAAGCUCUAUGGUCCAAUAUGGGGACUUGCAAAGGCUGUAGAUGGCUACAGUUUUCCUCCAUGGCUCGAGUCGUUGCCUGCUGGAAAGAGCUUUGAGUUUGUGUACAUCCACUCAGCUACACCAGCAGAUAUUUGGAUCUCUGGGUAUACACUUGUCUGAAAUUUUUUUGAAGGCAAGUAGAAGAAAUGAGGGCUUUGAGCAGCUUAUACAAUACAGGAGGGGAGGGCUUUUUAUAUCCCUGUUCUACUAUGGUUUGCAUGAAGUAUUUAGUUUUAUAUGAAUAAGAAUGUGAGGUAGAGAGGAGAAGAGAGUGAAGAGACAAGGGGUGCUCAUCCUUUUUCUGCUCCACCUCCAUCCCAGCUAAGAGAGCUUUGGGUUUGCAAGAGUUGGGUUGUGAAAGAAGCUUCCCGGCUAAAGAGUAUUUCCUUAUUAGUAGCAUUUCAAUUUCUUGCAUAAAAAACUAUAUAUAUGGUGAUCUAGGUAUUAGGAGAUUUUCAUAUGGUUUCUAGUUUGUAGACAGUACUUUAGAUAUGGUGUUUUGUUAUUAGAUAUAAGUCAUGAAUGUCAUAUUUUUUUGUUUAAUACUUUUGCACAACUUAUGUCAAAAGUGAGAUUUUACUUAAA